AUGCCGACGUCUCAGGUCUCGGGGGCUUCUCAUGGCUCCUCCAACAAGAAGUCCAAGACGGCUCGUGCAAAGGAAUCAAAGUCCCGGGUAGACGAUUACCUCGCGGAAGAGGGCAGCCUCUACGAGCGGAUCCCCAAUGACAGCAAGGCCAAAGACAGAACGAAGGCGUACAAAGAUCGUGCUCGGGAGACAACCCGUGACGCUGAUCGCCGUCUUGGUUCAAGAUAA